AUGUCACGUAUCUUAACCCUUCAAGACGUUGCCCGACACAAAACACAGGAUGAUGUCUGGCUUGCGAUUCAUGGGAAGGUAUACGACGUGACAAAGUUCUUGGAUGAGCAUCCCGGUGGUGACGAAGUCGUGCUUGAUAAAGCAGGUCAAGAUGCUACUGCCGAAUUCGAUGACGUGGGACAUAGCGAAGAGGCAUGGGAGGCACUGGAGCCAUUACUGAUUGGAAGGCUAAAAGAAACGGUAAUCACGACUGGGCGUUUGGAAAUUUUAUCUUCGUCGAAAUUGAACAAUCACUAA